UUCCUAAUAAGGAAUUAUUUCCACUAUUCUCUUUCUCAACGGCGCGUUGUUUCUAUAAUCUCAGGUAAUACGGUAGAAACAUGGCAUGUUGUACCGCUGAGUCCUACGUGGACUUGCUACCACCGUGGCUUUUGCUUUGAGGGUUUGAAGAAUGCUGCCUAAAGCAUAUUGUGAUACUACCUCGUACCAACGUGUGUGCGAGAAGAGGGAAGUCGGAUGUUUGUCGCCAUGUCUUACAUAGCUGACCUUUUGGGAAACAUCACGUUUACCCCUCCUAAUCCCCUCCUGUUGCUUUCAUUUCCCAAGGGGAGCUUCCUUGCCUCCUCACGGAAACGGAAACGGAAACUUCUAAUCACUUCCUGCACAUCUGUAUCAUUCAUCAAAUGACCAAUAUGAGCACUGAUUCUUUUGAUUUUAUCAUUGUUGGCGGCGGGACCGCCGGGAUUGCUCUCGCUGCCCGGCUCUCGGAAAUAGCGGACCAGAAAGUCCUCGUCCUUGAAGCCGGGGCCGACCACAGUGAUGACCCUCGCGUGAAAAUUCCGGCUUUCUACUCAGCUCUAUUCGGAACGGAUGCUGACUGGGGAUUUAAGACAACAGUCCAGGAACAACUGGGCGGGCGGUCCAUCAGCAUCAACCAGGGCAAGGCCCUCGGUGGUUCUAGCGUCAUAAACGCCCAUAUAUUCGCCCCUCAAGCAUAUACCGUCAUCGACGAUUAUGCUAGAUUGGGAAACGUGGGAUGGGACUGGGAUACCAUCGCCCCUUACUACACAAAGGCCUUCACUGCACCUGAUACGCCAGAGGAGCAUCGGCAGCUACUCGGUGUAGAUAGCUAUAGUCUUGCUGAUCUUGGCACAGGUGGCCCUGUGAAACUCUCAUACCCUGGCGAUCAUUGGCAUCCCAUCCGCAAGAUCUGGGCUGAAACAUUCGGUAGAAAGGGAUGGCCUAUGACAGGUAACCCUUGGGUGAACGCUUCGGUCGGCGGAUUCAGCAAUCUAGCAAGCAUUGACCCCGUGACGCGAGAGCGAUGCCACGCUGCCAAAGCGUACUAUGAGCCUAAUCGACAGAGGGAAAACCUGCACGUUGUUCUCAAUGCUCAUGUCACCAAGAUCAUAUUCUCAGAUGGCGAGCUUCAGCCUAAGGCUACCGGGGUACAAUAUAACCACGAAGGACAGAUCAAGAUAGCAAACGCGGGGAAGGAAAUCAUCAUCUCGGCCGGCGCCUUGCAGUCUCCAAAGCUGCUCGAGCUAUCCGGUAUCGGCAACGCGGAAAUCCUCAGACGACAUGGCAUUGAGGUGGUGAAGGACCUCCCUGGCGUUGGAGAGAAUCUUCAGGAUCAUAUCGUCUGCGACAUCACCUAUACGGCAGAGGACAAGAUAGGAGACACGCUCGAUGCCCUCGCUAGGCAGGAACAAGACGCAAUGGAAGAAGCCAUGGGUGAUUACAUACAGAAGCAUGAAGGGAUACUUACUUCGGGCGGCAUCUUGACAUACGCGUAUCUUCCGCUUAUGGAUUUCCAGAAGGAUUCCGGUGAACAACCUCUGGACAUAACCAGGGACAUAUUAUCGGGCUCAUCUUCGACGCCGGAAGAAGCCAGGGCAGCGAAGUAUUCCGAGAUAGCCUGGAGGACAUUGGUACAGCGAGAUCGACCCUCCGGCGCCUACCUCACGGCCCUUGGACAGAACCCCGUCGCGCUCGAUCCCGCCACCGGGCAGCCCAUACCGCCUCAGCCAGGCAAGCACUUGAUCAUAGCCACGAUUCUCGCCAUGCCGCUGUCCCGCGGCACCGUACACAUCGUGUCCAACGACCCGGCCGAAAAGCCAGAGGUCGACCCGAAGUACCUCUCUCACCACCUCGACGUAGAAGUCUUCGCGCGAAACGUCAUGUUCAUCGAGUCUCUCGCGAGAUCCGAACCUCUAAGCGAUGUGCUCAAACAGCCUCUCGAGCCAUCAACUCCACUCGCUCACAUGACCGACCUAGACGCCGCGAAACGCUACGUGCAGUCCCGCGCAAUCUCAAUGUGGCACCCAGCCGGCACCUGCUCGAUGCUCCCGGAGGAAAUCCGAGGAGUCGUAGACGAUCAUCUGCGAGUCCACGGCGUCAGCAACCUCCGAGUGGUCGACGCGAGUACUGUCCCGCUGCUUCCACCGGGGAAUCUGCAGUCGACUAUCUACGCGCUGGCCGAGAGGGCCGCAGAUCUGAUCAAGGAGGCCCACGGGUUGCCCUAGAAAGGCCCCGAAAUCCCAGGACUCGAUCUGUGGCCGCGGUUUUACGCGGAUAGAGUGAACCAGGCCUUUUUGGACGAGCUAGAUCGCUAUCUAGCUAGCAUAGGCAUAUAUUAAAUGUGGCCAUUCACACCUCUCGAGGCAAUCUAGCAACACGAUAAUAAAUUAAAAAUUCAAGAAACAGGCUUAGGCUAAUGCCCAUCAAUCUGUUUCUUUCAUUUUGUAUGCGUAUCUUCUUCAAGUAGACACGUAAGCUCGCCGUCAAUUGACAGAGAACUUCGCUUAGAUCAGUAUUCAAGCAUAAAUCAACAAACUCAGCACACACUUCACAACCU